CUGACCCACGUGAGUAAGUCAGCUUCCUAACCUCAUGCUAAACUGGAAGCCAGUGAAACUAACUGACUCAAUUCAGAGAAAAAUAAACUUCUAACCGCUCGGAUAUCUGCGUUUUCUCGUUUCAAACACUUCCGCUCUGAUGCGUUAGCUUAGCCAAUAUGUCCGGUCACAGUAAGUCUCUAUUGUUUUUGAUGCAACGGUGUGUCGCAGUCAGGCAGCUAACAUUACCGGCCGGUGUCACAACAAGACGCGGCGUGUUGUCAUCCGGAUGCGGCUUCAUUCAGCAGCGAACAUGGACAUCGACGUGCCGGACAAGCUGUGUGAAGAGACUCUGGCAGCUUCAGUCCGCGGUCAGAACCAGCAAGCUCAGCCUCAGUACCAAGGCAGGAGGUCCGUGUGAGGACGAGUACCCACCGCUGCCGGCCUACCAGGCUGAUUCAGAGCCAGAGAAGAAGGAGGUGUUCAUCAUAAAGGUGAAAGGUCUCCCAUGGUCGUGCUCGGCUCAGGACCUGCUGCAGUUCUUCUCCGAGUGCAGGAUCCGUGACGGGGUGAAGGGGAUCCACCUCACCGUGGACAGACUGGGAAGGCCGUCCGGGCGGGCCUUCAUCGAGAUGGAGCACGAGGCGGAUGUUGGCAAAGCUCUAGAGAAGCAUAGACAGUACCUCGGCCCACGAUACGUUGAAGUGUAUGAGGUGACGAACAGCGACGCUGAAACCAUCCUGAGGAAUGCCCUCCAGGCUCCAGCUGAUGACUGCGUGGUGCGGCUCCGAGGUCUCCCCUUCACCUGCGCUGAGGCCGACGUCGCCCAGUUUUUCUCAGGUUUGGAUAUAAUGGAGAACGGGAUCACCCUCAUCACAGACUACAGAGGAAGAAGGAGUGGGGAUGCCUUUGUGCAGUUCUCCUCGCAGGAAUCAGCCAGUCAAGCUCUGCAGAGAGACAGAGAGGUCAUAGGAAACCGAUACAUCGAGGUGUUUCGCAGCAGUAGCAGUGAGAUUCUCUCUAGUUGGAGGAGGAGGACGAGUUCAGCUUCUCCUCAGACCAGCACUCAUCCAGCGGACAGGACCGUCUCCGCCCCACAGACCAACCCCAAAACUGGAUACCGUCAGAGCUCAGCCGUGCCGCCUCAUUACGUCCACAUGAGAGGUCUUCCCUUCCAGGUGUCCGGAGAAGACAUUGUGAAGUUCUUCUCUCCUCUAGUCGUGUCCAAGAUCCUGAUUGAAUGUGGUCCCGACGGGAAGCCGAGCGGCGAGGCAGAGGUUUACUUCAGCUGCCACCAGGACGCCGUGGCCGCCAUGUCCAAAGACAGAAUGUACAUAGGAGACAGAUUCGUCGAGUUGUUCCUGAACUCUUUAUCAGACUCUGACAGAAGGUGAACGCUGACACUCGGAUGCCGAGCACACACACAAGACUAUUGCAUUUAUUUUCCAGUCUGAUGUGAAUCUCAAUCAAUAAACAUUCCUGG